CUUUGAGUCUCCACACUUGAACAACCCAAUUUGCGAGAUUUCUGCUCGCUGCUCGCUGCCUGCCACCCGUCAAUCUGCGGGGCUCCGACAGAUUUCAGUUCCCCAAAAAUGUCCAUUACCAUUGACGUGGCUCAGCCUUUUUGUUGGCCUUUCAGCAUUGUGUAGAGCCCGAGUAAAGCCAUGGACAAGAUCAUGGAAACGCUGGAGAAGUAUCCCAAGGAGCUAGGAGCAGCCAUCGUGCUGCUGUCGAUGGUAGUCGUCCUCGUCACGAGGUCUCUCUCAGCACCUCGUCAGGUCCUCGAUCCUGUCGAGUGGAAGUCGUUCACUCUCGAGGGGAAAGAUAAGCUUUCUCACAACACUGCGAGGUAUCGAUUUGCCUUGCCUAGGCCAACAGACUCGUUGGGAUUGCCGGUUGGACAACAUAUUUCUGUGAUGGCUGAGAUUGACGGCAAGCAAAUCACGAGAUCAUACACGCCAGUCACGCUCGAUGAGGACAAGGGUCAUUUCGACCUGGUCGUAAAGACUUACGAGAAGGGUAACAUUUCUCGGUACCUCUCUCUCUUGACUAUCGGCCAACAAGUGAAGAUCAAGGGACCAAAGGGAAAGUUCAAGUACGACCGACAUGUGGCUCCGCAUCUGGUGAUGAUUGCCGGUGGAACCGGGUUAACGCCAAUGUACCAAAUCUUGAAGACCGCCUUGAAAGACCCACAGGACAGGACAAAAAUCUCUCUGAUCUACGCCAACGUCGAGGAGGAUGAUAUCUUGCUCAGAGAAGAUUUGGAAAAGCUGCGAGAUGAAUCCAAGGGAAGAUUUGAGCUCAUGUACGUCCUCAACAACCCGCCUCAAGGAUGGACAGGGGGCGUAGGCUUUGUGACGAAGGAGAUGAUCGAAAAGUGCAUGCCAGAAGGAGGAGUCGGAUCACCUGAGCAUGGAGUUGGACACAAGGUCCUCAUGUGCGGCCCGCCUCCCAUGAUGAACGCGAUGAAGGCUCAUUUGAAAGAGAUUGGAUAUCCAGCACCGAGAACGGUCUCAAAACUUGAAGACCAGGUUUUCCUGUUUUAGCGAUCGAGGUUCGUUUCGCCAACCUCCUGCAUCAUUCAAUCACGAAUGGAACAUAUGUAGAUGCGACCAUGGCCAGACGACGGAGUCAUGGACAUCAUGCACGAUAAUAUUCACUG